AUGAAGCUCCUCACAAGGAACAGCGCGCCGCCUGUCUUUCACACUAAGUUCAACGCCUCACUAUGGGAUCGACGGUGGACCUGGUUGCGCUGGUUGGGAUAUCUUAUGUGCCUAGUCUUCAUUCUCCAGACAGGUUUCUAUCUAUCUGGUGGACAAGAAACAAGCCUUAUUCGGGCUGUUUAUGCUUCUUGUUGUGGCCCAAGGGUCCUUCGACCGGGGCAGUAUCAUCUAGCUACUCCCAUAGGGGAGGCGGCAGAUCAAGACUCAUCCGAGCCAGAUGAGAUGGGCAUGGCUCAUGACCGGAGGGACAAGCGAUUCUAUCUUGGCGGGACUCUAACCCUAACGAGUAUCGAGUCCGUCAACGCUUCGCAUCCAGUUCCGUCAAUCUACGACCCAUACCCCCCAUACAACAGCCGGAAAUGGAAGAAGCAGUUCCAUGGAAAGUUCCAGUCCUGCCUUGGUCCUCGGGGUCGUUAUCUUGAUCGCAAGUCCCCGGAAGAUAUGAUGCAAGUGUACAAGGGCCAACAAGCGGGAUUUCCACCUCCGCGAUUCGGAUCGUACGAGGCAUUGGAUUUGGACGGUGAAGUUUGUACGGAUAGAUACUCUCGCUUCGGAGCAUACGGUUACGAUGAGAAUGGCGAGGAUGAGAUACCGGGCUUCACACGUCCUCGUGCGGUGCCCUGGUGCGAAGUUGAUUGGUACAAGCUACAGUCUCUCUGUUUGGAAAGAAAUGCAAACAGAUACGAGUCAACCGAGAUGAUUAACUCUUUGAAUCAGAAUGCACUGGCCUUUGAUCUUCCCCAGGCCCCUAAGAAAUCAUCCGAGUCACGCACAAGUGACGCGAAUGUGAAACGGUUCCAUCCUCGCUCAGCGGUACUGAUUCGGGCAUGGAGUGGACUUCAUUGGAAGCCUCACCAUUGUGAAUAUCUUCGUUCUCUGAUUAUGGAACUCUCAUUGCAUUCUGGUGGAGAAUAUCAGAUUUUUAUCCUCAUUCAUGUAAAGGAUGAUAUGAUGCCGAUCUUCUCUGAUAUCAAGACCAUUGAUCGGCUCAAGAAUUCCAUCCCAAAGGAAUUCAGAAACAUGGCUCUUUUCUUUAACAACAAGCUGUUAGAGGCCUGGUAUCCCAGGAUAGAAGAGCAUAGCCCUCAACUCCAACACCACCAACCUCUACAGAUCUUCUCCCAACUCUACCCCCAUUUUGACUACUACUGGCAACUCGAAAUGGACGGCCGACACACAGGACAUACCUACCACUUCCUCGGCCGCGCUGUCUCCUUCGCCCGCCAACAACCACGCAAAUACCUCUGGGAACGAAAUGCCUACUUCUACACCCCCGAUGCCCACGGCAACUGGAGCGAGUUCACCAAAAUGGUCCACGACAGCCUCUCAGAUCGUUCCGAUGCCACAAUCUGGGGCCCCAUAUCUGGCACAGGAAUCCGCCCCCUCGGCCCCGAUCCACCAGUCUCCCACCCCGACAGCGACAACUACACCUGGGGCGUAGGCGAGGAAGCCGACUUCAUAACCUUCCUCCCAAUCUUCAACCCCCAAGACACGCAAUGGACAUUCCCCAAUAAGAUCUGGAACUUCAAGAACGGCGAGAACACACCGCGGCGCGCGGCAGUCAUCACCAUGGGCCGGUACUCCAAGCGGUUGCUCGAUCUGAUCCACCACGCGCAGGCGACGAAGGGUCUGGGUCUUGCGUCUGAAAUGACAGGUGCAUCAUGGGCUCUUUUCCACGGUCUCAAGGCUGUGUAUGUUCCGCAUCCGAUUUACGCGGAUGGCCAGUGGACGCCGAAGGAGCUGGCAAGGAUAUACAACCCCGGUCCGCCGGAGAAUAUCAACGGUGGACCGGACAGUAUUUGGAACUUUGAUCAUGUCUUUGAUCAUAUCACGUACCGGCUGUCGUACAUGUUCACGACGCAUAGUGCAGAGGAUUUGUACAGGCGUUGGCUGGGGUAUAGGACCGCGGAGCAUGAGGGUGGGAGAACAUUAUCCGAGGAUCGCUAUGGUCGACAUUGCUUCCCAUCCAUGUUCCUCCAUACCAUCAAAAAUACGGCUCAAGGGAUGGGGCCUGACAGGGCUGUUCCGUAA